UUUAAACCAUUUAAUACAAAUUGAAUAAUUUAUAAUUCAAUACUUUUUCUAAAGCCAGAUAUUGUUUCUUUUGUAAACAGGUAUUCACUGCAGGUUUAAGUAUGUCACAGGUAAAUGAAACCACAACUUCUGUAACUGAGUUUUUCAUUGUGGGUUUCCCUGGACUCCAGCCCAAAUACUACAACCUGAUAGGAGCGCUUUUAUUCAUCAUCUACAUCGCUGUAAUUACUGGAAACUCUCUCAUUGUGGUCUUGUUUGUGACUGAACGCAGCCUUCAUAAGCCCAUGUAUAUUAUCAUGCUGAGUUUGUCCUUGUCUGAUAUUGGUUUCUGCACAGUAGCUCUGCCAAAAGUCAUUUCUCGCUAUUGGUUUAAUGACGGUUAUAUUGGCUUCUAUAUUUGUCUGUUUCAAAGGCAACUGAUUCACUAUUUUGGUACCUUGAACUCCCUAAUUAUGAUGAACAUGGCACUUGAUCGGUUCUUGGCGAUCUGUUACCCGCUAAGAUACCCUGUUCUAAUGACUAACCGUACUAUGAGGCUUCUAAUAGGGUUUUCUUGGGUUACUGCAGUGAUUGCUCCAACCAUUAGCUUAAUACAGACAGUGAAGCUGCCAUUCUGUGGGCCAAACAGGAUCGCUCAUUGUUUCUGUGAUGGUUCAUCUAUAAACCAGCUGGCCUGUGCUGAUGCAACCAUCACAAACCUCAAUGCAUAUGCUGUAGCAAUGUUUGUGCUUCUUGUUCCAUUCUCUUUCAUCAUAUUUUCUUAUUUAAGUAUCCUGGUGUCUGUGCUUCGAAUAGCAAAUGCACAGGGCCGAAUUAAAGCCUUUUCUACCUGUGCCACACAGCUGACUAUCAUUACCAUCUAUUACGUGCCCCGCUUCGUGGUUUAUAGCACUUCUAACAUCCCAAAUGUUCAGCUGCUCAACAGCAGUCAGAAGAUCAGCCUGGUCAUGUUCUACAGUCUGCUUCCACCUUUAGUGAACCCCUUCAUCUACUGCAUCAGGAUCAAAGAAAUCAGACAGUUCUUUAUCAAAUGGUCUGUCUACAUUAUCAGGAACAUUAAACAACAUCUGGAGAAACUGGGGGCGGUGUUGAGUCGGUUGGAGCAGGAAGAGUUAAAGGUGAAGCUCUCGAAGUGUGCGUUUUUCCAGCAGCAGGUACGGUAUUUGGGCCAUGUAAUCUCAAACCAGGGUGUGGCCACGGACCCCAAGUUAUUUGACCCUGCUGUAGAUGGAUUUGAAGAGCGCUUCAGUGCAGCACAAAAGUCAUCACAGGCCAUGUGCCACAUCCUGCCUAAAGUGCUCCAGUUUUUUCAAGUCUCAAAAAGGCUCUCUUCCCAGCAGCCUGUGAAGCCUGCUCUGUCUACUGCUCAGAACAAAGCAUGA